GAUACCUAGAUUAAGUAGAUAUAUUCUUCUGCAGAAAAACAUUUCUUAAUCCUAGUUUUGCUGCAUUUCAAUAGAUUUGUUUGCAUUUUCCUUUGGAUUUCAUUCAGGUAGAUUUACAGUUAACCUAUAUGGAAAUGAAGUAGAUUAUUUUCUAUCCUUUUCUAUGUCUUGUUUUGUUCAAAGUUCCAUGGUAACAAUCUGAUUUCCUCCCUAGAGAAGUUAGUUCAAAAUAAGAUCUACUAUUUAAAAAUAAUGUCCUGAGUAAUGAAAUCUUUCUCUUAUAAAUAAUUUCACACCUUCCAAUAUACUUGAUUUUUUUUAGUCACUAAGAUUCAAGAUUUCACCCUCUGCAUCCAGUUUAACUGAGCAGAUCCUGAGCAUUUAGAUAAGAGUGGAAAUCAUCUCUUAUACCACAAAUUGACUUCCCUCUUUGUAGCCUUAGACACAGUUUCCAGCUGCUUUCAGUCUUUUAAAUCCUUGAAAGCUUUCCUAAUCCUCAUGUAGGCAGCCUUUAUGUGUUAUACUUCCCUCCCCUUCCUUCUGAUUGGUGAAGCUAUUUCAUGGCCUAAUUCAGCCAACUACUACAUAUCCGAGCCAUGAUUUGAAAUAAGAGCCAGGCGGUCGGUUGCCUCCCUAUGCCUGACUUUUAAUAGGCUAGGAGAAAAGGGUUGAGAAACUUGACAUUGUCUUACAGAGAGUUCCGGUGGCAAAAAAAAAAAAAAAAAAGGAGAGAGAGAGAAGGAGAGGGAGGGAGAAAACUUGCUUGUUGUUCACCUCAGAAACCUUUCAUGGAUUUUGCUGCUUUUUUACGACUCUGAGCUUUCCCUGUGAGUUUAAAUGCUGACUGUUCCGUGCUGGAUGGAUGAUGGGAUUCUAAACAUGAGGCAGAUAGCUGAUCAGCUUCCCUGGAUUUCGCUGACGACACAGGAAAGCUUUGCUUGAAGAUGGAAACAUUGGAGUCGGAACUGACCUGCCCUAUCUGUCUGGAGCUAUUUGAAGACCCAUUACUGCUGCCCUGUGCCCAUAGCCUCUGUUUCAACUGUGCACAUCGAAUCCUAGUCUCCCACUGCGCCACCAACGAAUCUGUGGAAUCCAUCACUGCCUUCCAGUGCCCUACUUGCCGUUAUGUCAUCACCCUCAGUCAGAGAGGUCUAGAGGGACUCAAGCGUAACGUCACCCUGCAAAACAUUAUCGACAGGUUUCAGAAGGCUUCUGUGAGUGGGCCAAAUUCUCCCAGUGAGACCCGCCGAGAGCGGGCCUUCGAUAGCAACACCAUGACCUCCAGCGAGAAAGUUCUCUGUCAGUUCUGUGACCAGGACCCUGCCCAGGAUGCUGUGAAAACCUGUGUCACUUGUGAAGUGUCCUACUGUGAGGAGUGCCUGAAAGCAACUCACCCGAAUAAGAAGCCCUUCACAGGCCACCGUCUCAUUGAACCGAUACCAGAUUCCCACAUCAGAGGGCUGAUGUGUCUGGAGCAUGAGGAUGAGAAGGUGAAUAUGUACUGUGUGACAGAUGACCAACUAAUCUGUGCCUUAUGUAAACUGGUUGGGCGACACCGAGAUCAUCAAGUGGCGGCUUUGAGUGAGCGCUAUGACAAGUUAAAGCAAAACUUAGAAAGUAACCUCACCAACCUUAUUAAGAGGAAUACUGAACUCGAAACACUUUUGGCAAAACUCAUUCAAACUUGUCAGCAUGUUGAGGUCAAUGCAUCACGACAAGAAACCAAACUGAUGGAAGAAUGUGACCUACUCAUUGAAAUCAUCCAACAGAGACGCCAAAUUAUUGGAACCAAAAUCAAAGAAGGGAAGGUGGUAAGACUUCGAAAACUGGCCCAGCAGAUUGCAAACUGCAAGCAAUGUAUUGAACGCUCUACAUCACUCAUCUCCCAAGCUGAACAGUCCCUGAAGGAGAAUGACCAUGCCAGAUUCUUACAGACAGCAAAAAAUAUCACUGAAAGGGUCUCUAUGGCAACUGCAUCCUCUCAGGUCCUAAUUCCUGAAAUUAACCUCAAUGACACUUUUGAUACCUUCGCAUUAGAUUUUUCCAGAGAGAAGAAAUUACUAGAAUGUCUGGAUUACCUUACAGCUCCCAACUCUCCAACAAUUAGAGAAGAGCUCUGUACAGCCUCGUACGACACCAUCACUGUGCACUGGACCUCUGAUGAUGAAUUUAGUGUGGUUUCAUAUGAGCUUCAGUAUACUAUCUUUACUGGACAAGCUAAUGUUGUUAGUUUGUGUAACUCCGCCGACAGCUGGAUGAUUGUGCCCAACAUCAAGCAAAAUCACUACACAGUUCACGGGCUCCAGAGCGGCACCAAGUACAUCUUCAUUGUCAAAGCUAUAAAUCAGGCUGGCAGUCGUAACAGUGAGCCCGGCAAGCUGAAGACAAACAGUCAGCCAUUUAAAUUGGACCCCAAAUCUGCCCAUCGAAAACUAAAGGUUUCCCAUGACAACUUGACAGUGGAACGUGAUGAAACGUCAUCUAAAAAAAGUCACACACCUGAGCGCUUCACUAGCCAAGGAAGCUAUGGCGUAGCAGGCAAUGUGUUCAUUGAUAGUGGGCGCCAUUAUUGGGAAGUAGUCAUAAGUGGAAGUACAUGGUAUGCAAUUGGUCUUGCUUACAAGUCAGCCCCAAAACACGAGUGGAUUGGAAAGAAUUCUGCUUCUUGGGUGCUCUGCCGCUGCAAUAAUAAUUGGGUGGUGAGACAUAAUAGCAAGGAAAUCCCCAUCGAACCAGCACCCCACCUCCGGCGUGUGGGCAUUUUGCUAGACUAUGAUAAUGGCUCCAUCGCCUUUUAUGAUGCUUUGAACUCCCUUCAUCUUUAUACAUUUGACAUUACAUUUGCACAGCCGGUAUGUCCUACCUUCACUGUGUGGAAUAAAUGUUUGACAAUUAUAACAGGCCUUCCCAUUCCAGACCACUUGGACUGCCUUGAGCAGCUGGCCUGAUUUUCAAAACUUGGAUGGAUCAGAAAUGAUGCAGAACAUUCAGAGGAUUGAUGGCAAAUGUGCAGUCCACAAGAGCUUGACUAAGACUCUUCAACUGUGUGCCGUAAAAACUAUCCAUAAAUUGGCUGAGACGGGGCUGGAAAUGAGACUCUCUCUCCCUUAACUGUGUGUUUUGUAUUAAAGUGCAGGAAAUGGCUUUAAUAAUUUCUUGGAACAUUUUUUGUAUUUACGGGAAGAUUUAUAGAUUAUUUAUAAAAGAAACAUGAUCUGGAUUACAACUCUUAGGAAUUAUUUGGUUUUGCACAUUAAGAGGCCCAUUUACUAACAUUUACCAGCUUUUUAUACACUUAUUUCAUCACAGUGUAUGGGCUCAAAAAAAAUUUUGUAAGUUUUUAUCCACCUUCUUGCUCUAUAAAAAUACAUACUCACCCUAUGCAAGGUCCUGUCAUCUCAACAUUGCAUAUAAGAAUGUUUAAGUAAAAAUAAAAAUACUCUAGAGCCAAGUUAAGAAGUUAAAAAAAAAAAAGAUAGAAGUACUUCUUGCUAUGGUUUUUAAAUGAGUAGCACAUUUUCAUUUCUAUGGGGGGGGGCGGAAUUUCAAUAUUACUGUGAAAUUUAAAAAAAAAAAAAACAUAGUUACUAAAAUGGAAAGCCAGGGCAGUGAUGAUGAUUGAAUUAUAUGGCUAAUUCUUAGUAUCUCAAUUUGUCAUGUUUAACUGUCAAAUGAUUUGCAUUCAGGUGGAGACAAUAGUUUUUGAAACUCACCAAACAUGCCAUCACCUUCCUACCUGUAAUUCCUCCCAAAAGGAAUUCCACUAUUGACUCUUUUUUCUUUCUGGGUAAACAGAUUAUAUUAAGCAUAAAAAAGCAGUCUCUAAAUCAUACCAGUUACUUAAAAUCAAGAGUAAUUUGAGUUAAAUCAAAAAUUGGAUUUUCACUUUUUCUAUAAAUAUAACAAUGAAAUCUAUCUCAUCUUGAGUUUUAAUGGCUUACCAUGGGCUCAUAAAACAUUUUCCCUCACAUUUUAUUGUCUCCCACCUAUAAUGCUUUCUUAGUCUCUUGAGAAAAGAAAAUGAACACAUUCUAUAGCAAAUGGAAAUAGCAAUUUGGACAGCUUUCUAUUUUGCAAUAUAUGAGCACAUAAUGUGAACUGGAAGCAUCAAGUACAGUGAAGUGCACCCAAAGGAUAUGUUAGGAAAUGAUAAUGAUAGUGGUGGUUAUAUAAGGUACUAUCCAUUCUAACACAUACCCCAAGAUAAAUUGGAAGUGGACUUUAUGACACCAUUCCUUCCUUAAAAAUAAAAUAAAAACUAAAAGCUCUCAUUAUUCCAGAGAGCUGCUGUAUAGUUUGGAAAUAAAAAACUCAAGCUUAUUACUCAUCUACAUGGUAUGAAUUGGCCAACCUAUCAUUAUUGUUUGCUUUUCACACUGUGGAAUGAGUUGCUGAAUCUUCUCUCAAGUUCUUUUAAAAUAGAGGAGAGAUUCAAAACUUGGUACCAUUUAGAUUCAGUCCUGCUCUGGGAAAAAAAAAAAAAAAGGAGGGGGAAGGGGGUAGAAUUGACUGCUUUAAAUUGUUUCUGUCUCUAAAAUGCAUGUUGUAUCAGACCCAAAUACCAGGGUUAUCAUUUUUCCAGAACUGACCAAGAAGUUCAUAUAUGAACAUUUUUUUUUCCCACUGAAGUCAUCAGCGAUUUUCUUGAACCAAAAUCAGCUAGCUGCAUUUGCUUCAUGUGGACAAGAAGCCCAUUUGACUGUUUAUUUUUGAAAUCAGGCACACAGGACUGUCAAAUCAUCAUGUUCUGUUUCAAUUACUGGCACACUUUCCCCUCCUUUUCUUAAAAAAUAAGGUUCUAUAUAUUUACUAUGAAAUUUGUACCUAAAGGAUUAUUUUACUAGAUAAUGGGAAAAAAUGCUUUUGAAAAACUGUUUUCUGAAGAAAUUUAAAAUAAGGGCUUUUUUCCAUAAUAAACAAUGUGAAUUUUCUUUCACUGAAUAAAAUGAAAGGUUGCUUCAGUAAUUUUUUAAUAUUGUUUUGGGAAUUUAAUAUUAAAAUAUGUUGUAUUGCACUUUGUUCACCAAAAGACUCAAAAAACUCCAAUUCGGCAUCUGAGUUUUUAAAUACUCAGUAUACUGGUACUGUUAAGUUUUCCGGUUUGCCUUAUGCCAAUUCUAAAACAUAAUGCUGCUUCCAUACAUAGAGUUGUUUUUCCAGCAUUAAAAAAUCCUGUGCAAAUCUCCAGUUAAGCAGUUUUAAGUAUGUUCUGCCUAUUUUUGUAUGGUUAAGAAAGGUUGAGUAUAAGUUGAUUGUUGAAACACCAGAGUUUCCCUCAUGGAAACUUUGUGGCUAAUAAAUACUAGUCAGCAGUGAUUUCAGAGUUGACAUAUUUAAAGAAAAAUAUGUAUAUAAUCUAUUACUACAGUGUUUCUUUUAAUGACUAUAAUAAUAUAAAAAAAUUUCACAAGAAUUUUUUAAAGUCAAAAAAAAAAGCAUAUAAAAAGAUGCUGCAGUAUAGAAUAGUGUGCUUUGUUGAGAUGACUAGGUCAGAGACAUUUUGUUGUUGAACCACUGCUGGCAUAGUUCUUAAAUCACAGGGAAAUAACACAAGUGAAGAGAUAUGGGAUAAAGGAAAGCAGUCUAGGACCAAGUACCAUGAAUGAAGCAGAGAUGACAUACACCUGAUGACAGAGAGGGAAGAUUCUGCAACAUGUUUAUCUCCAUGGUAAUCUUCCUCCUGGUGGAUAAAUAGGGAAAUGAAGUUAGAAGGACAGAUGAAAGGGAUUGGCAGUACAUUUCAAAAGUUCAAAUGAGAACCCAAGGGAUCUGUCCCCUUUAGAAAAAAAAAUUAGUCACCUUAAAUAAAAACAUCGACUAUAAAUAUUGACAAUGAUUUCUGCUGGGAAAGAGAAAAACACAUGCUGUCUACAAAAAUCUCAUUAUGGUAUUGCUAUUUGAACUUCAUAGUCAAUAAGCCACAUUACUUAAAUGAGCUUUUCAUUCAGUAAUUUCUUGGUGUAUAUAUAUAUGUGCCUAUAAGUGUGCUUGUAUGGACACACAGGCAUAUGUGCACACCUAAGUAUGGUUUUGUUGUUGGAAAUUUCAGUAUUUGGCCUUUUCCUUACAACUUGUUGAUAUACGAUUUAGAUAUGAGGGCAAUACAUGAACUUUAUUUUUUUUAAACCAAGGUUGGUUUAUUUUACAGGACUUCAUUCAAUACAAUAAAAGCAUCAUUUAAAAA